AUGAGCAUUAGGACCCCACCCACACUCCUGCAGCUGGCAGGAGAGAGCCUGCUGAGGGACCGGGCCUCGGCCAUCACAGCUCUGGAGCACCUGCCCAUCGAGCUCUUCCCGCAGCUGUUCACCCUGGCCUUCCGGAGCAGACACUACUCGUCCCUGACGGUGAUCACGCAAGCCUGGCCCUUCACUGUCCUCCCUCUGGGGGGCCUGAAUGAGCCACUUCCAGUCCAGGUCUUCAAAGCCGUGCUGGAUGGGCUUGACGUUCUGCUUGCCCAGGAGGUUCGCCCCAGGAGGUGGAAACUGCGGGUGCUGGAUUUAAGGUACCUGGGUUUCGACUUCUGGAAAAUAUGGUGUGGAGACAGCACCCAGAAGCACUUGCUAACUGGUCCAGUGACUGAGCACAGGUCCAGCCCCAGCAUGGAGCACCCCUUAGCUCCAGUGGAGGUGUUCCUAGACCUUGACUUCAAUAAAAGGGACACAGAUGAGUUUGUCAUGUCCGUCAUCCAAUGGGCCCGGCGGAGGAAAGGGCUGCUACACCUGUGCUGCAAGAAGCUGAAGAUUGUUGCGGUGCCUUUCCGGAGGGUGAGGAAGGUCCUGGAUGUGGUGCAACUGGACUGCAUCCAGGAGGUGGAACUGAACUGCGCCUGGAGCCUGAUCACCAUGGAGACGUUUGCUCUUUAUAUGAGGAAGAUGCCGAACCUCCAGAAACUCUUUCUCUCCCACAUCCGUGUGUUGAGAGAGGGGGAGGACAAUGAGGAAGAGGAGUGCCUGCAGGCCCCCUUGGAAACACUCACCGUAACUCGUUGCCUGUGCCUUACCGAUUCAGACCUGGAACACCUGUUCCAGUGCCCGAACCUCAGGCAGCUGAAGUCCCUGCAUCUGAAUUGUGCCAGCCUCACUGGUUUUAUUCCUGAGCUCCUCCGAGCUCUGCUGGAGGCAGUGGCACCCACCCUCCAGAAACUGUACCUCGAGAAAUGUGCCAUCGUGGAUUCCCAAGUCGAGGCCAUCCUGCCUGUGCUGAGCCGCUGCCACCAGCUCAGCGAGCUCACCAUCUUGGAGAACAGCCUCUCUGUGGCCACCGUGGGGAAGCUGCUGCGCCACACAGCGGGGCUGCGCAGCUUAGAAUAUGAGUGCUACCCCGUCCCCCUGGAGUGUUACACGACCCAGAACACUGUCAACCAGGAGACACUUGCCCUGGUCCGGGCUGAGCUGACGGGGAUUCUGAGGGAGCUAGGACAGCCCAGGACCAUCCAGCUUGCCACCGAGUACAUGGUAUGUUAUCACGUUGAGUUUUAA